AUGGCGUUUCACAAAUCAGUAGUUCCCAAGUCCUCGGGGGUCCAUCGCUUUGCCUGCUUAGCUCUUUAUCGAGGGCUUCUCCGACAAUGCGCCAAAUUACCAACCACUAUCCCCGGGCCCAAAACCCCUAGAUCCCUCAUCAGACAAAGGUUUCGAAGGUACAAGAGCCUUCAGAGUCCAUCCCAGACUGUUAAUGCAUUGAAGGCUGGAUAUGAGGCCUUUGACCUCUUACACUUGGCUGCCCACGGAAACCAGAAUGGCAUACAACGCAUUACGGACCUCAUCGUCGAAUCGCAGUCGAUCCAACAGCGGAAAAUUACAGCGCAAAGAGCACUCGCGGAAGCCGCGCCCCCCAAGCCUCUGAACAAAGAACAACGAAAGAAGGCAGAAUUCAAACGCCACCAAGAUCUUACUGCCCGUCGUCAUCCGGACGCAGAACCCAUACUCUCCCGACCUCGUCCCGUCGUGAGUGGCAAGCGCCAUAUCCCUAGACUUGUCAGUGCGCGAGGCAUGCCGUUCUUGCGCAUUAAGAAGCCCCAACCGAAGAACCUCAGUGGCGUGCUUAGAAGCAAGCUCGAAAAGCGAUGGGCUUUGGUUGUGCGUCGUGAUAGAUUAGAGGCGGACUUGCUCUUUAACGAGGACGAAGACGAGUGGGAUGAAUUGACCGGCGGUGGGGACGAUAACAGCUGGACUACGUCGGUUGAAGAUGCUUUAUCGACUGCUGAUGAUCAGAUGCGCACCUCGGAUACGAAGAGUCGAGAACUUGCCGAAAAGAUGUGGAAUGUCGUCCUUGCUGAGCGCGAAUUAGCAGCGAAGGAGAGAAAGCAGAAUGAGGAAAGGAAGAAUGAGGAAAAGCAAAUCACCACGGAUCCUUGA